GUGUUUCUUCAAUUUUUUUUAAUUUCAAAGGAAAUUGUCAUCAUGGUUUCUAUCUCUGUCACAGGGGGCUUCAACACUGGAAUUAAACUCUUGUCAUUUACUGAGCACAACUUGGAUGACCUGAGCAACAUAGAUGUGAGCUGCUCUGAUAUGCUGAAAGCUGAUCUUUGUCUGCUUCCUCACACCACCAAUAUGGACACAUAUAUCCACCAACGGCGGACAAUAACACGCUCCAGCAGUGCUGGGGACACAAUCACUAGGAGCAGCACUUUUCAUGCAUUAACCCAGACCUCAGAGCACCAGGAAGAGGAGGGCUCGCCGCAGCAACGUCGCACAACCGUUGCAUCAUAUAUGCCUCAGUGUAAGGAUCAGAAUGGAAACUUCCCUGAGAAGGGCAUUGACAGGCAGGUGGCCAAGUCUCUUGGGAAGCUAAACACAGAUGAAGUCUGCCAGUGGUUCACAAAAAUUGGACUGCAAAAAUGUCUCCCCUUCAUCAGAGAAGCAAAACUGUGUGGAGCAGACAUAUCUUCAGUGGAUGCGAACACUCUGGACGUCCUACAUAUCACCACACUGCAAGAUAGGGAGCAGCUACUGUCUGCCAUUUAUAAUGAGCUGCACCCUCCCACCGCUUUCACCCAGAGACUCGACUCUCUGCUUGAAUCCUCAGGCCCUAAUAAUGUUGAGACAUUCACAGCAACCUUAAUGUCAAUGAGCAAGUCUAAGUCCUCUCCUCAUGUGAGCUGCCUGAGCAUGAAUCAACGUUCUCUCAAGCUCAGAAACAACAGUCAAAACUGCAUGGUUCAGAGGAAUACUCAACUAAUAGAGAUUACUAUUAAUGCAUCAGAGCGGAUAGUUCAUCUCAGAACCCCAAAGGAAACAACGGUGGGAAAAAUCAAGGAUUCCUGUGUCAAAAUGUUGGGAAUGACAGAAGAUAAGAGCCUCUUCAUACUGAAAGAAACACAAGGUUCAUCAGAGGAGCUGCCACCAGAUCAGCAGAUUGGGAGUCUUCUGAAAUCGACAUCAGAGAACAGACAACUAGAGCUACACUUGUGCAAAACAGAGAAGUCAUCAGGUAUUGCUUCACAAAAUAAUCCUGAGGCCAACAACUCUGAUGAGAACAGCAGCAUCAACAAAAAUGGGAACCAGACAGCUAAAGAAGAGAGGAUCAGGGAGUUAAAGCAACAGGUGGACUCCCUUCAAAAUGUCAUCCUUCAGGUCCAGGAGCUCCAUCAUGAACUGGUAGCAUUUUGUUCAGAGUUAAAGAACAUGGAUGGAGAUGUGAAUACCGAGAAGCUUGGCUCUGCUGAGCUGAAGCAGAGGCUGGAGUUGGUUAGAGUCCGACUGAAUGACAAAAGGCAGAGCCUGCAGGCCCUCAGAGACAACCCUAACAACUCCACGGCUCACAACAAGAAGCAGCUGGAUGUUCGUCUCUUGGAAAAGAUGAAGCUGAAUUGCCAAGUGUUUAAAGAGGAGAUUUCCAUCGUGCAUCUCAACCGACAGAUGGCUCAACUCCAAAAUGCUCUGCAAGAGAGCCAUGUUAAGGAGAAAGUCCAGAAAAAGACUUUGGCAAUCAGUAGCCUGGGCCAGCUGGUAUCCCUGCAGUCUCCAGCCAUGCUGCUGGUUGUACAGGAGAACCAUGACCCUGAUGGCCAUUAUGGCUUCACAUGUUGCUACAGAGAAGGCAGUGGGCUGGUGGUGGUAAAGGUGGACAGUUCUCACCUCUGCGUGGGUGACAGACUGGUGGAGGUGAAUGGUGUACCGGUGGUCAAUGCUACACUGGAAGAGUUGAAUGAGAUCCUGUUGCAGGGACCCAGUGCUCAAAUUGUUGUCCUUCGCCAGCCCCCACCCAGCCUCACCUCCCAGCAGCACCCUCUGCUCCUGCAGGACCUGGUGAACCCUGAUCCCACCCCAACAGUUUCCCCAGAUAGAGAUGCAGUCACCAUGGAAACUCCUCCACGGAGGAAAGUGAUGGCUAUCUGAUGAUACGAGAUAAUUACAGACAAGAUAGAAACUGUGGUGAUGAGUAUGUCUAUCUGUAGAAUAACUUGUAAUGUGAAAUGGCAUGCCAUCUUCUGUUAGUUAUUUGCUUCCUGAUGUGAACAUGUUUUCUGCAUUGAUAAAAAUGUUUUUCAUAGAUUCCUGGAACCAAAUGCGUUUUUUUUAAGGCAUGUCAAAUAGUAAUGUGGCUUUGGGUUUUUGUGUUUUUAUUUGACAUUUUUCUAUUUUAAAGCGUCACCAUAUGACUUUAACUUUGUUCUUUGUAGACAGUAAUAUAUAAUCCAUAUUGUUUCAAUGUAUGGACAGAAA